AUGGCGAUAGCGCAUCGACCGGCCCAUCGACCGCCCAUCGAUAGAUCUAUCCCUGCAGCUGCCCAGCGCGCCCGCCGUCCCGCGAGAGUCACCGAGACACGCGGGGCCGGGGAAGCGGCAGGAGCUCCCGGGGCCGGGCCCCGGGGGCCGGACCCUGGCCCGAGCCGCUGCCGGCCAUGGAAUCGGCCCCGGAGGAGUUUAGGGAGAGGGACAAGGUGGGGGACCCGUCGGGAGCUGCCCCCCCCUCCGUCUGCCUCUGCCGCCCGCCUUCCCCCCGGGGCUCGUUCCCGGCGGAGCAGCCCUGAACUUUACACCCUGGCAGCGGCGCGGGACGGGCUUGGCCCCGCCGGGGCUUUCGGGGGAAAACCGGUGAAAAUCGCUGAGAUUUCGCCCAGCUCCGAGCUCCGAGGUAUUUCCCUGUCGCCGCAGGGCUCCUUCUCCCGGCUCGGGAAGCGUCUCUGCUUUUUCGAAAAGAUCCCGGUUUUGGAGACUUUUCUCCGCAAGCCCGAGGGCAGCGGGAAGACACACACACACAGAGCGCGGGCCGGCCACAGCCCAUACCCAUCACACAGACCCGUCCAAGGGAAACAUGUGCAUGCUCUACCCCCAAAUCCACCCCCCCUCCUACUAAACUCCACUAUCGCCCUGGGCACGAAGCCACCCCCAUGGCAGAUGCCACCCCAAAAGCCAGCCUGGCUGGGGUGCGAGGCGGUGGCACCCCUUUCCCCGUGCCCUUCUCUCUCCCGCAGCAGUAAUUGCUGCUGUAUUUAUCCAAACUAGGAGGGGGUGGCAGAGAAAGACUUCAAAGAGUAAUUUUCCGGGAAUUCUCCUCGGUGUAAUUGUC